AUGCCUUCGGAUGAAGUCUGGACCCAGCAGACUACAAUAAAUCUCGGCGUCUUUUUCUUCAGGUUCGACCACCUUCCCACCUAUUACCGGGAAGACAUCGGCUCCAAAAUCCAGGACAUCCACCAUGUCUUCCGGGAAUGUAUCGAUCAGCGCCCACAGGCAGGACAUGAGCCUUCCUGGUCCGAAGUGCACAGCUUGUGUUGUGAACUACAAAAAUUGAUCAAUGAUGCAGAAAACUACACCCCUCCACGCGGGAAAAACGUCGAGAAGUACAUUCGGAUCAACGCGACUGGGGAAUCGAUUACAAUUGGUUUUGGAGACGGCGAGGCUCUAGAACUUGACUUUUCAACCCCGCCACCCUUUUCAAGCAUCGAGCAUUUGAGAGACGCUACUGUGCCGCCGACCGAGGAAGAGGUACACCUCUUCGGCAUGCUCUUCCUUUCCAUUGCCGACCUGGAAGAGUGCUUGGCGUUCUAUGGUACCUUUGAAUUUCCCACUAGAAGCGUGUCGGUGCACUUACUGGCCGCAGCACGAGCGGUGCAGCGUGCGCUGGACGAUAUCGUGCAUUAUACCCGUGACCCUGUCCAGGGCAUAGACGAUCCGACCAUCCUCGUUUAUCCUGUUCAGGGGAACAUCCGUAUAACAUACGGAGAGGAUGAAGCAUUUCAUCUGCAAUGGCCAAAAGGUCAAGGCCUCCCGCCACAUCUACUUCGUAUGGUGCCUCGGCAUACUGUGGAUGACGCACUUCUAGCUUCUGACGGUCAGAAAGACUGCUCCAUCUGCCUGGAGCAAAUGGAGAAUGGGCAAAGAAUACUGAAGUUGCUUUGCGGUCAUUAUUACCACGACGCAUGCGUUUCAGAGUGGUUUGAAAAUAAAAGAACGUGCCCAAUCUGUCGGUAUGAUGUUAUGACCACAAGUUAUGAGCAUGACGCUCAUCACCAUGCUCAUGAUCAUGCGCAUCAUCACGAUCAUCAUCAUGAUGGCCAUUAG